CACUCCGAGGUUUCAUUGGAAGACAAACUCGAAGAUAUUUUAGCGCAGUUUUUAUCCUCAAGUCGGAGUCUCUUUCUUUUAUUAUUGUUUGCCACUCUCAAAGGAAAAAUCUCAACACUUUGAAAAUGUCUUCCUUUAACAAAGGUCCGGCUUAUGGGUUAUCCGCAGAAGUGAAAAACAAGAUUGCACAGAAGUACGACCCUCAAAAGGAAGAGGAGCUCAGGAUCUGGAUCGAAGACAUCACCGGCAGUUCCAUCGGCCCCGACUUCCAGAAAGGCCUGAAAAACGGAGUCAUCCUGUGCGAGCUUAUUAACAGACUGCAGCCAGGCUCUGUGAAAAAGAUCAACCAGUCAGCACUGAACUGGCACCAGCUGGAGAACCUGACAAACUUCAUCAAAGCUCUCACAGUGUACGGCUUGAAGCCCCAUGAUAUCUUCGAGGCCAACGAUCUGUUUGAGAAUGGCAACAUGACGCAGGUCCAGACGACUCUGCUCGCCCUCGCCAGCAUGGCCAAGACCAAGGGCUGCCAGUCGCGGGUUGACAUUGGCGUGAAGUAUGCGGACAAGCAGCAGAGGAUGUUUGACGAUGAGAAGAUGAAGGCUGGACAGUGUGUCAUUGGCCUACAGAUGGGGACCAAUAAGUGUGCCAGUCAGGCAGGUAUGAGUGCGUAUGGCACCAGGAGGCAUUUAUAUGAUCCCAAGGCUCCAGUCCAGGCCCCCAUGGACAACACCACCAUCAGUCUGCAGAUGGGAACCAACAAAGGGGCGAGUCAGGCUGGGAUGACGGCUCCAGGAACGAGGCGUGCCAUUUACGACCAGAAGCUGGGCACAGAGAAGUGUGACAACAGCACCAUGUCUCUACAGAUGGGAUACAGAGAAGGGGCUAACCAGAGCGGGCAAAACUUUGGCUUGGGACGGCAGAUCUACGAUGCCAAGUACUGUCCCAAAGCCACUGAGAUUCCAGGUGAUGAAAAUGGAGCAGGUGUCGCCCGUGAAUACAUCCCAGAUUACCAAGACGAGGGCUACCAAGGCUACCAGGAAGAGGAGCAGGUGUACCAAGAUGAUGGAACAGAUUAUUAAAAGAUUGGAGGGAGCUGAGGAAGGGAAAGUGUGAUUGUGUAAGGCUGGCAAGUUCUGCGAGACAGAAAGGUGGUUUAUUUUUUUAUAUCGUUAGGAUGUUGCACUUUUUUUUCUUUCUUUGUUUUUUUGUAGGCUGUAUCCUCUUAGUAUUGUACGAAAAUGUCUCUUACCCCUGUUUGUACAAAACCAUCUCUACACAUAUCAUGACGAGCUGUAUUUCUGUAAUUUCUUUAUAUAUUUGAAGUGACCACAAAAGCCAAUCACUUGGCUUGGCUAGAUAUCCCAGGGAUUUUUGUCCAUGUGCCAAAGUGUGGUGGUUUUGUUUUGUUUUGGGGGGUUUUUGGCCUCCUGUGGCUUUGCUAACUCAUUAGUUUCAUUGAGGGAUCCCAAGAUUUUCUUUAAGGGCAACAUAAACUAAAAGUGAAACCUUAGGGAUUUUUUUUUUUUUUUUUU